CUGUAUACUUAUAGAUAUAUAUAUCUGCACGUUGUAUCGUCGUGCCAUAACUAUUACGCUUUAUCUUUGGCGUCAUCUCGCGUUCUUUCUCUUGCUCCUUUUUCUCUUGAAUGAAACCGGUUACUGCCACAAGCGACACUUGAUACAUCGUUGAUGAGGAUCAGCUUCAGCACUUCCGCGUUUCAAUCCUCAAAUAUUGUUAUUUUAUUAUAUUGAUAUUAUCAAAUUUCUUUCUUCUCUUUUCGAUGAUGGUUUUGAAUAACUGCAAUAAAGACAGGAGAAUCUCUUGAUUGAUGAAAUUGUUACAGGUCCCACAUAUCUUCUUGAGACCAUAUAUAUAUUUAACUCGCCGUAAAAUGAAUAGUUCCUGAGCGACUGAAAAUAAAAAUGAUGAUUUUGUUAGUUUUAUUUUCCAAUAUCAAGUAAGCUUAUAAUAAUUUUUUAAAAAUAUAUCCUCGACUUUUUACGAGAAUUUACUAAUAAUUGAAUUACGAAUAAGGAUGAUGAAGUACGAAUCUAAUCACAUUCGAGCUUCGGAAACUUCCCUCAAAUUUUCACGUAAAUUGCAAGUGGUUUACGGCAUAUCAACAGUGCUGUGACGAGACACAUGCCGUUAGCAGCAGGUCGCUGUCAGCUCCGCCGAGGUUCUUGAACUUUUCCAGGGAUCCGUUUCCAGAACCGACCGAAGGAAGGCUGUUCGAAUCGCCCAGGUGGGGAUCGGAAUCGUCUUCUGGUACGAGACAUCGCCCGGUCGUCACAUCUCGGGCAUCCUCCGUAUUGUCCGGACACGUCGUUCUCCAACGUUAUUUCGCUCGCUUUCGUUACAUCUCCAGAGAUACCCGGUCCUAUCCAAUCGCAUUAUAAAAGUUGCAAAAAGUGGUCGGCUGGUCUCGAGUUCACGUUCGUUGAGCCGGAGAUAACUUGGCGAAUUCGGCGAUCCAAGAGAGAAUACCUUGAUUUUCUGGACUUGUCCAGGUUCUCACAAUCAAAGUUGAACAGAAAACAAUUUUUUAAUUUAAUAAAAUCGGGAGGAGUUUGGAAACAGAAGACCAAUGUUAUCGAUCAACAUGCGUAUAUUCAAGACUGUGUUACUCAUCGCUUCCUUUGGAACGAGCGUUCGGUGUUUACCCGUCACCGAGGAGUCGCCCAAAGCUGAAGUCUCCUCCUCGGUGAUUCCGCAGGAGACAACGACGGCCGCGUCGAUUUCCGAUACCACCGAUUACUAUGAUCAGCGACAGAACGGAACCGAGAACUAUCGUAUCCACGUAGACGGUGUGGUAUUCGUAUUUGCACCGGUCGAGGCACUACUACUCAUGGCUGGCGGGACCGAUUCUAAUUUACCGAUUUCCAACCACAGUGAAUCUGCAAUUCAGUCUAUUGGCGACAGACCCAAUGCCGAUGGCAUCCACAAUAAAACCGAAUCAGCGAUCUCGAAAACAAUACAUAAAUCAGCUUUACGAUUGACGAAUCUCUUGGCGCCCUUAAUACAUCGCAUACAUCACGAACGAGGCAUAAACGUGCAUUAAAACAGCUCUUCAAUACUCGCUUCAAUAUGCAAUAGUGU